AUGUAUUUGUUUGGCUUGUUUGGCUGUGCAGUAAGAUUGGCGCCUAGGAUCUUUGAAACUGUGAAGGGAAAGCUGAGCUUGGGGGCAAGGAUUCUUCAACAAGGAGGCAUGAAGAGAAUUUUUAAGCAACUUUUUGGGGUUACGGAAGGAGAGAAUCUGUUGAAGGCUUCUCAAUGCUAUUUAUCAACAACAGCAGGCCCCAUAGCAGGCCUCCUCUUUCUCUCUACUCAGAGGGUUGCCUUUUGCAGUGAGAGAUCCAUCAAAUUCUCUUCUCCAAAUGGUGAAUUGGUUAGAUUCUAUUACAAGGUUUCAAUCCCACUGAGAAAGAUAAAGAGAGUAGACCAAAGUGAGAAUAUGAAAAAUCCAUCUCAGAAGUACAUGGAAGUAGUCACUGCUGAUGAUUUUGAAUUCUGGUUUAUGGGGUUCUUGAAUUAUCAGAAAGCUUUUAACUGUCUCCAAAAGGCAUUAAUGUCUCAAUCUUGAACGAGUUACACAUCAACCCAAAAGUGAUUGAAGCAGAAAUGGUUUUGCCCUCUACAUAAAAAAUGUAUACAAAAUAUUUUGUUAAUAAGAAAUUGAUCUCCAAUUCUUCUCUGACAGCAAGAGCUUGGGCUUUUACGUCUGGAUUUCGCAGUAUAUUGUUUCGAGAAAGUCCGACCAAUCUUUUCAGCAACGAAAAGAAGCAGAUUAGGCCCUGUCCGGGAUUCAUUUUAAGCGUCUUAGAAAUCACUUUGCAAUAGUUUUUUACAAACAUUUUAUGUUGGGUGAAACAAAUAAAAAGCAA